GCGAGUAUAUAAAGAAGGUGUGACCCUUGAAUCUUCAGUCUUCUGGAAGCAGUACUCGUGGGAACACCUGUAGGCUACAACAAUGGCUCCUGUUAAAAUGAUCUUGUCCCUACUUCUGGUUGGAGGAGCAUACAGUGCUCGAACCCUUCGUGGCAAUUCCCAGGAUAUUCGUGGUCAACGGUCCCUCCUUAACACAUUCCCUUUCAAUGCUCAAGGAGCUGAUGCACACGCACAUGAUCAUCAUGCACAUGUAGAGACACCUGCCCGUCUUAUCCCAUCUCAGAGUAUUGCUCCUCGUGGUGAUCGUCAAGGAGCUGCUGAUACUGAUGUUAGCUUCCCUGCUGUUGCUGCUUCAAGUCCUGGAGCUGAUGGCAAAAGAUGUAUUGACAAGGUUGAGAUGGUUGAGGAGACUGAAUAUGAUGAAGUUGUCCAGUGUGACCAUUCCUACGACAGAAGGUGUCACACCACCUAUGUCACCAACUACGAGUCCCAGCAGGAGGAGGAGUGCGAGGAAAACUUCAGAAAGAACUGUUUCAUCAACUACGAGAAGAUUGCCUUCAAUGAGACAGUCCAAGUAUGCAGAACACCUCUUGUGAAGGACUGUGAUGUCCAAGGACCUGAAAUCUGCAGAACUGAGUAUGAAUCAGAGUGCUGGACCAAGCAGGAAGUUCACGAUGUUGAAGAUGAUGUUGUUGAGUGUGAAACCAUCCAGGAUGAGAAAUGUGCUGAUGAAACCUCUGGAUACACCACUCUAACCAAGUGCUCCAAGUGGCCUAGAGAAGAAUGCAAGGUUACCAAGAAGAAAGUGCAGAAGUAUACCCCUAUCACUGGAUGUACCAAGGAGCCCAGGGAGCUAUGUGCCCCUGCAGGAUGUGGGUUCAAGGAGGGAGCUGAGGAAUGCUUUGACAAAACACAGACUGUUGUCCAGGAUGCUCCCAAGGAAGAAUGCUCCCUAGAACCCCAGAGAACCUGUGCUCAUGUCACAAAGCUGGUUCCCAAGUUAGAACCCACUGAGGAGUGUGUUGAUGUUCCUAAGGAGGUGUGCACAAGAGCCAGAACCAACCCCAGGAAGGUGAAGAAGCCCGUUGUUAAGAAGUGGUGUUACACUCCUUCCGCAGAAUCUGGUCUUGCUUAAAUUUGACAGUUCUUUAUUUCAAAAUCCUAAAACAAAAUGACGAAAAUAUGAAUGCGCGAAAGUGAAGUCAGUAAUUGACAAUUAAGACUAAUUAAAAUUGUUUUAUUUCUUCUUAGUCAACAUCUAUGGAAACAAUGGUUAAAGGAAGUGCAUUCAUUGGUGCACUUAACUUAAACAAGAUUACAACUGCCUUUAUCAAAAUUAAUUUGCAAUUUUAAACAGACACAAGACAAAUGUUCUAAAAAAGUGACAUCCUGUACAAUAUACAUCAUGAGACUUCCAAGACAGCAGAAUUAUUGCCAGCCUUAGCAGACUUAAUUGCCAGAAGCAACUGGCUGACUUUGUUGCCAAAAACUGCCAACUCACUUUCUUGCCUAGUCAUUCCCAUUGUAAAUUCCCAUCUAUAUUUUCAAACUGCCGUUUCACUCAUAUACAUGCUUAUAUUAAUCUGAAUAAAAGAUAUCAAUUGUA